UUUUUUCAGUUUCUGAGGUUAAUUUGAUUAUAGAACCAAUUAGAACGAUUUGAUUUUUGGAAUCCUGUUGAUGUUAGCUAAGGUUACUGCAAAUUUGUUAGGUAAUGCUAUGGAUUUUGAAUGAAUCUCUAGUUUCGAACAUAUUAAGGGUUUAGCUAAUAGAAGAUACGAGAAUCUUGUUUAUGGAGAAAGAGGAAGACUUGUUAUUGCUAAUGUAGUUUGAUCUUUUAAGUUUUGGUUUGACAUUGGUUAUGUUCAUGUUAAUCGGCGUGUAUUUGUACGAGUCACUUUACAAGCAAAUUCCCACUAGCGAUAUGGCUCAGAUUUGGUUGAUGGAGUCUGGUUUGCUUCCAGCUGAAAAAGCAAAGAAAGUUCUUGAGAAGAAACUGCAAAAUGGUGGAAAGUUCAGUUCUCCUACAAAAUCUGCAGCUUCUACUCCGAGAAGCAACAACAAAUCAGUGCCCGCGAAGAAGGAGACAAAAAAAUCACCUUCUGAAGCUUUGUCAGACAAAAAGAAGGGAACUGUUUCGAAACCAGCCACGAAGAAGAGGAAGAACUCUGAUGAUGUUUGUGAUGACGACUCAGGUGAUGAUUUUGUGGCUAGCAGAGUCUCUAAAAAACCUAGAGCCAAGUAAGUAGUUGGAGUUAUAAGACUGAAUUUGUAAUCGGGUUUUAGUGACUCAAUUGGUAGAAUCCUUAAAGGAGACAAAUUCAUUAAGAGUAAUGGAAGAAUUGGCAGAUUGUUUCUGAUCUUA